AUGUACAUGCAGAAUCAAGACAAAGCAUUGUAUCUUGCUUCUGAAGAAAAUAUCCCACUGGCAUCACGAUCUUGGCUCUGGAAAAAGAAAAGAAAUUCUGUGUUUCCUGAAGCUGAAAGCCAGAGCAAAGCAGAAGUUUGGGUGCAAACAGUUAUCCCUUCAAGCUCUCAAGUAACUGAAGAUUCACUGAGGAGUGAUGUAGAACCUAAAUCACAGGCAACCAUUACCUCAUCUGUUCCUCUACCGGGCAGCGUUACUGCCUACUUGGAUGAAAUGCAAGUCCAUCCUUCAUGUGCUAUUAAAAGUAUUAUGAUUGAUGAAGAAACUGGACAGGUCGAAAUUGGGCAAGGAGAAUCUUGGCUGAACAAACUUAGAAUCAACAGGAACAAGUUGGCAUUUUUGAAGUGCCUGAUUGGGUGGAAAGGAAACAAAACAGCAGUGGAAAAAGUAGAUCCUCCAAACGCUCCUGGAGUUUGCUCUCAUGACAACCACAGACCGCAUGAGCUGGAUGGACGCAUGGCAAAAGAAGAAGAACCAUAUAUUCCAUACAAGUUAGCUAAAUUAUAUAUUACCAAGAUUGUAAAAGAUAUGCAACAAAUGAAAAUCAGACACAUGAAGGUAAUCAAAGAAUUGGACUCUAUAAGAAAAGAUAGCCAGGAGCAGGCCAUAAUCGUUCUAAAGAAUCAUCACAGUGGAAAAAUGAAGAUCCUGAAAGCCCAGUUAGAAGCCUACCAAGAGUUGGUAGACAAGAAAAAUAAGCAAUGGCAAAAUACAACUAAGAGUCUGAGGGAGAAAAACGGGCAACUGAGCCAAGAAAAUAAAGAUCUUCUUUACCAGAUAAAGCAACAAAAUGAGAAAUGGGCAGAAGAAAAGGUAACUGAAACAAGUUUUUUUUCUUAUUUCAAGUUUUUGGGUGGGAUGUUCAAAAGAGCCUAA